CCGGGCUCCCCCCGCCCUCUCGGCGCCGGCGUUGGUAGUGACUGCGCGCGCAGGGCCUUAGCGGGCGCCGGCGGGAAGGGGAAGCGGCGGGGUAGGAUCAGAUUAUGGGCAACAGUCCUUUUAAUUAAUCUGUCAACAUGGCUAAUGAGGACUGUCCCAAGGCUGGUAAUAGUCCAUUUUCAUCUGAUAAACAUGCCCAACUCAUCUUGGCCCAGAUCAAUAAAAUGAGGAAUGGAGAGCAUUUCUGUGAUGUGCAGCUGCAAGUUGGGAACGAGACUUUUAAAGUUCAUCGGCUGGUUUUGGCUGCCAGUAGUCCUUACUUCGCAGCUUUAUUCACUGGAGGAAUGAAAGAGUCCUCAAAAGAUGUUGUACAGAUUCUAGGAAUUGAAGCUGGAAUCUUUCAAAUACUUCUAGAUUUCAUUUAUACAGGUAUAGUGAACAUAGGUGUGAAUAAUGUCCAGGAGCUGAUUGUUGCAGCAGACAUGCUACAGUUGACUGAAGUUGUUAAUCUGUGCUGUGAAUUUCUAAAAGGACAAGUUGAUCCAUUGAACUGCAUUGGAAUCUUUCAGUUCUCUGAGCAAAUUGCCUGCCAUGAUCUUUUGGAAUUCACAGAAAACUACAUUCAUGUCCAUUUCUUGGAGGUUCACAGUGGGGAGGAGUUCCUAGCGCUUACAAAAGAUCAACUGAUCAAAAUUUUGCGAAGCGAAGAGCUCAGUAUCGAGGAUGAAUACCAGGUCUUCUUAGCUGCUAUGCAAUGGAUUCUGAAGGACCUGGGAAAAAGAAGAAAACAUGUGGUGGAAGUGCUAGAACCAAUUCGAUUCCCUUUAUUACCUCCUCAGAGGCUUUUAAAGUAUAUAGAAGGAGUAUCUGAUUUUAAUCUUCGUGUUGCGUUGCAAACACUUUUGAAAGAGUACUGUGAGGUGUGCAAAUCUCCCAAAGAAAACAAGUUUUGUAGUUUUCUGCAGACAUCCAAGGUUCGGCCUCGGAAGAAAGCAAGAAAGUACCUGUAUGCAGUAGGCGGGUAUACUCGGUUGCAGGGGGGUCGUUGGAGUGAUAGCAGAGCCCUCAGCUGUGUAGAGCGUUUUGACACCUUUAGCCAGUACUGGACCACUGUGUCUUCACUUCAUCAGGCUCGAUGCGGGCUAGGAGUAGCAGUUCUGGGAGGGAUGGUUUACGCUAUUGGAGGUGAAAAGGAUUCAAUGAUUUUUGACUGUACUGAAUGCUAUGAUCCAGUUACUAAACAGUGGACAACUGUAGCUUCAAUGAAUCACCCCCGCUGUGGUUUGGGAGUGUGUGUGUGUUAUGGGGCUAUCUAUGCUUUGGGUGGAUGGGUUGGAGCAGAGAUAGGUAAUACCAUUGAACGAUUUGAUCCUGAUGAAAAUAAGUGGGAAGUAGUUGGCAACAUGGCUAUGUCACGCUACUACUUCGGGUGUUGUGAAAUGCAAGGUUUAAUUUAUGUAAUUGGGGGCAUCAGCAAUGAAGGAAUAGAGCUUCGUUCUUUUGAAGUGUAUGAUCCACUUUCUAAGCGUUGGUCUCCACUUCCUCCGAUGGGAACCCGGAGAGCCUAUCUUGGUGUGGCUGCACUCAAUGACUGUAUCUAUUCUGUUGGAGGGUGGAAUGAGACACAGGAUGCUCUUCAUACUGUGGAAAAAUAUUCCUUCGAAGAGGAAAAGUGGGUUGAAGUUGCUUCAAUGAAAGUGCCUAGAGCAGGCAUGUGUGUUGUGGCAGUCAAUGGGCUUCUAUAUGUUUCUGGAGGUCGAUCUUCGAGCCAUGAUUUCUUGGCCCCAGGUACCUUGGACUCUGUCGAAGUUUAUAACCCUCAUUCAGAUACAUGGACAGAAAUUGGUAACAUGAUCACCAGUCGUUGUGAAGGAGGUGUUGCUGUACUAUGAAAUAUAAAGUAUAAGGGAGCACAAGAAACAUUUGGAAAAUAUAGGAUUUGACCUUUUGUAAAUCACACAUAUAUUUGGUGAUAGGACCCUCUGAUUCUAUUGAGUUUUCCAUGUAUAUGGUAGAUAAAUGACUAAAGAAUGAUUUUUUCUAAGAAUUUGAGUAAGGAGAGAUAUGGAAUAUUAUCCUAAAUUAAUAAAGAACUCACUCAAAUUUGCCAUGCUUACCAAUAGGAAUGCUGUUUAUGCUCUAGAAUUCUCUUAGGGGUAGAGUCCUAUUUGUAAAAAUGAUUUGCUAGAAGCUUCUUGGCAAAUAGCCCCAUUAGCUGCUUCUCCAGUGUAAGCCACACUGUAACAUGACCCAUGUGUGAUGUAAGAAUAUCAGUGAGACAGUUUGAAGAUGUCUGUACAUUCAGUCUAUGGCACAAUUUUCCAUGACCACAGUUGAACCUACAGAGAAAAGCCAGUGACACAACUCCCUACUUUUAUUUGAUACCAAACUUUUUAUUGGCAGCAGAUACACUGGGAGGGACAUGUAGGAAAUAUCUAGCUAUCUCUAUAGAUGUUUAUAUAGACAGACAAGUUUUUGCCUGUUGAUAACAGGAUUAAAAAAGCUUUUGCUCACUUAUGUUGUCUUAGUGCUGAAAAUGCAAGUGAGGAAUUACUAGGACGUUCUUCAUUAAAGUCCUUUAGUGCAAUUGGAUGAUAUAAUGAGUGACAGAGCCCAGUGAGAGAUAGGUACCUAUUAAAUUUCUUUCCUAUUUUCUAAAUAGUUAUCAAAAAUUAUCUGCUUGGUUUGGGGAAGAGGGAAUUUUAUUAGACUAUCAAGCUUUGUGAAGCUUACUUGUACUUGGGCAAUCCUAAGUAUGAACUUAGUACAAAACCUACUGCCUGGUUUGGAGAAGGUGGAAUUGUAGGGACCUAUGAAGCUUUUUAUAGACAUUGACAAAAGCCUUAAGUUGAAAGUCCUCUGAUCCAAAACUGCUUUUUAAAACUUUUCAUUUUUUUCCCCCUGAGAAACAUUCUAAAGAAUUGUUCUCUAUUUCUGAGAGGAACAUUCUUUUGUGUACAUGAUCAUCACUUUUAGUUAUUUCUACCAGUUGCUUGGAGCCAUAUAU